AUGACCGCCUCGACUUGCGUGCUCGUGGAGACCGGGGACGAGGAUCCGCUCGUCUCCGUCGCGACGCUCGUGGACGGCCUCGUCGGGGACGCCUCGGGCAAGAUCGCGAAGGAGUGCGCCGCCCUCCUCGAGGCCGGGAAGUUCGUCGACGCGGUCGGCAAGAUCAUGGCGCACGGCGCGAAGCUCUUCGCGGACGCGUCCGAGAAAGACCUCGAGGCCUCGGUCCUGAUCGUCGGCGGGCUCGCGCAGAGGCUCCCCGCCGCGGACGCCGCCGCGUGCGUAGACGCGCUCGUGCAGGCUGCGCUCGCGAGCACCGAGCGCGGUCCCGCGCGCGCGAACGCGCUGUUCUCGCUGUACAACAUGACCACGGACCUCACCGCGCGACUCGCGAUCUUGAACAAGAUCCUCGCGUACGUCCGCAGCGCGAAGCUCGGGACGCUCGUCGCGCCGCUCGCGAGGCACGUGGAGGACAACUACGCGUCUUGGAAUCUCGACCCCGCGGCGACGCGCGCGAUGCUCCAGAGCAUCUUCUCCAUGCUCGCGGAGACGUCCGUGACGACGGACGUGAACGACGCCGCGUCCGCGCGCGUCCUCGAUCUCCAGCUCAAGUACCUCGCGACGUACAAGCCCGGGGAGAAGCUCGACGCAACCGCGGAGGACGUCGCGAAGGCGACGGUCGUGUCGUUCGUGCGUUCCAACGACAUGCUGUUCAAGUGCGACCUUCUGGGGUACCCCGCGAUCAAGGCUCUGAAGGACACCAAGUCCGCGAACGUCCUCGGGUUGCUCGAGACGAUGCUCACCGGCGACGGCAUGGGCGCGUUCGCGGCGUUCGCCAAGUCAAACGGCGACGUGUUCAAAACCCUAUCGGUGGACGAGGCGGAGUGCGCGGGGAAGAUGAAGGUGCUCGCGCUGUGCGCGCUCGCGGAGAGCGCGACGGCGGCGUCGUCGUCUGGGGAGGUGACGUACGCGCAGGUCGCGGCCGCGCUGCAGUGCGCGGACGGCGAAGUCGAGGGGUGGAUCGUUCGCGCGAUCGGCGCGAGGCUGAUCGAGGCGAAGAUGGAUCAGCUGAGGGGCGUCGCCGUCGUGACGCGCGUGACGCACAGAGUGUUCGGCAAGGAGCAGUGGGCGAACCUUCGGGCGCGGCUCGACGUGUGGCGGGAGAACCUGGCGGGCGCGGCGGGCGAGGUGUCUAAGGCUUUAGACGCCGGAGCGGAGGCCUUGGUCGCGCACUGA